AAGAAAAAGAAGAAAAAGAAAAACAUUCUGAAGGUUUGGUUCGUUCUCUAUCGGGAAUCUUUAAUAAAGAUAAGGACAAUAAUAAACGUAAUAAUACAGUUGAAAAGCAGGUCCGUCCUACUUCUCGUACUUCAUCUAAUAGUGAUGCAUCAAAACAUGGACAUGGUUACAUUUUCUUUUCUGAUGAUGAUGAAAAACCUGAAAAUGAUACUACCUCAAAGAAGGGAACAAAAUCUAGACAAAAUAGUAACGCCGAAAAUUUAGAGAAAGACAAAUCAUCUAAAAAAGUAAAACGUAUCAGUGUUAACCUUGGUAAAUUUUUUGAAAAUAAAUCAUCUCCAAAACCACAAGAUAUAUUUGAAAAUAGUUUUCUUGAACCUGGUGAAACUAUGAUUAAAAGUCCAAAAAAGGUUCAUGGUAAUAAAAAUAGUAAUAAUGAUAUUAAUAAAAAUAGUAAUAAUAAUAAUAAUAAUAACAAUAAUGACAAUAACAAUGUUGAAUCCCCUCAAAUCGGUAACGGAACUGAUAAUGUUAAUAAUCAUUUCUCACCUAUUAAAAGUACUGAUGAUAGCCCCGUUGAUGAUGUUCAAUCGACCAUUUCAUCCACUCAACAAAGUUCCUUUGAUGAUCAAGAAAUUUCUUCCAAUAAUAAUGUUAAUAAUAAACAUGAAUCUGAAUAUAAUUCCGGUUCUCCUACUACUCCUAUAACCCCUCGACUUAUUGUCACACCUAUUGAACCCCAAUCUGCACCAUUCGAGUUUAUCACUCAUAAUUCCAAUAAGCUCGAAUUUGAAGAUGAAAAAGAAGAUCAGGUUGAUCAGAAUAAUGCUUUUAAUUCUAUCAUUGGAUCGAAACCUUAUGAAGGAAAGUCUGUACCUCUUACUAUUUCAACUAAAAAUAUCAAGCCGAACUCAAUCACAAAUACCAUUGAACAACAAAGUGAUAGUAACAACACCAAAACGUUGCAGGAACUUGAAGAAAUUAAUAAAUCCUUGAAUAAUGUUAAAGAGCAACUUGAAGCUAAAGUUGCCGAAAAAGAUGUUCAAAUUACUAAAUUUAAUUCAAUGGAACAUAUUAUGCAACAACAAAUUGACCUUUCUAAACGUAUGACAGAAACGAUGCAACGUUUAGAAUCGAAAGUUAAUGUACAAAAAGACGAAGUUGAUGGUACAAGCGUUAGUAAAAUGUUUGAAGAAACUAUUAAACGUUUAGAAACAAAGAUUGAUAGACAAAAUGAUGAAAUAAUUAAUCUAAAAUCUAUUGUGGGACAGUUGAGUGGGGGAAGUCAACAAUUAUUAUUAACAAAUGGAGAUGGUUCUCGAUUGAGAAUAACUCAGGGCGAGAAUCAGAAUCUAAUUAUAGCACAACAGGGGGCAUUGAUUCAAGCCAGUCAAUCACAAUCACCACAGAUUUAUUCGAAGGGCACCCUUGUAAGUACAUUGGUGGUUAAUCCAUUAUAUAACACCAUUACCGUAUCUGCUAGUAUUGCCACGUCGGUCUUGUAUGCAGUUUAUGUAAGACCUGUUGUCGGCCUCGUUAGCGUUUUGAGAGAUGGAAUCUCUACUAAUUACGAGACCACGGAUUGAUCUCCAUCACGUGCUGCUUCCGACAUAAAAAAAAAAACUAUCUCUGAUAGAGUUGCCGGAACAAAUUAAUAUAUAAAAAGAUUAAAAGUUCGAAAGAAAUUAUAAAGCGAAUUAAGUGAAUGUUAGAACUAAAAAAAAAAAAUUCCUGCAAAAAAUACAUAAAAGGAGCUGGAAAAAAAAAAAAAAAAAAA